AUGUUGGGUGAAUGGAGGAUUACGGGCUUCUAUGGCAGGCCCAAUAGGAAUGAAAGGAGAGCUUCUUGGGCUCUCUUGAGGGAAUUAGCUAGUCAAUACUCUUACCCUUGGGUUUGUUGUGGGGACUUCAAUGCCAUUUUGACCCAAGAUGAAAAAAGGGGUGGUAAUUUUUAUCCUACUUAUUUGGUUCAAGACUUUAGAGAUGCAGUACUUCAAGCUGGGCUUUCUGAUGUCAACAUGAAUGGAUACAAAUAUACUUGGGAUAAUGCAAGAGAUGAUGAUGAUUGGGUUCGUAUUUUCUUGCCUCGCCAUUCCCCUCGUUUAUUUCGUUUUGAGAAUACUUGGGGCGCGGAGAGUGGUUGUCGCGAAAUUGUUGAGGAAAUCUGGUCGGAUCCUUCCCUGGGUUCGGUUUUGGAGAAGUUACAAUUUUGCAGUGUUCGUUUGGGUGAGUGGGGAGAUAAUCUGCGGAAACUUUAUAAGCAGGAGAUUGACGAUUGUAAGCGGGUAAUGGGUCUCUUAAGGGGUAAGAGAGAUGCUCAUAGUCGAGAAAGCUUUAGGAUGGCCAAAAGCAAAUUUCUAGAUCUUCUUCGCAGGAAAGAAUCUUAUUGGCGUCAGAGAGCAAAGGAAUUUUGGUUGAAGGAGGGCGAUCAAAAUACAAAAUUUUUUCAUCGCAAAGCUACUAUCAGACAAAGGAAAAACAGAAUUGAUCGCUUGAAGGACGAUAAUGGGAACUGGUGUGAUUGGUCGACAGGGUUGGAAGCAAUGAUUACGGAUUAUUUCAAAAAUAUUUUCACUUCUAAUGCUGGUUCGUCUAAUGAUAUUAUUGAUCUUGUGCCGGCUCUAGUCACAGAUGACCAGAAUGUUGAUUUGAUGAAGCCGUACACCGUAGAUGAAGUCAGGGAGGCUGUUUUCAGUAUGCAAGCCGAUAAGUCUCCUGGGUUGGAUGGUUUCAACCCCGGUUUUUAUCAGAAGUAUUGGACUAUCAUUGGGGAUCAGGUAUCUAAUUUUUGCAUCUCUUGUAUCAGAGAUAGAGAAUUUCCUAGCGAGCUGAAUGAUACGGCUAUUGUCCUAAUCCCUAAGAAGGAGCACGCAGAACGUAUGUCGGAUCUACGCCCCAUAGCCCUUUGCAAAGUUCUCUAUAAAAUAAUCUCCAAGAUGAUUGCUAAUCGGCUUAAGGUAGUUCUUCCUUCUAUCAUUUCACCCUCUCAGUGUGCCUUCGUACCUGGUAGAAAUAUCCAGGAAAAUUCUGUAGUUGCUUAUGAAACUUUACACUACAUGAGAGGUAAAAGGCGUGGACGAGAUGGUUAUGCAGCUUUAAAAAUUGAUGUUAGCAAGGCCUUCGACAGAUUGGAAUGGAAAUUUCUGACGGCUAUGUUGAUGAAGCUUGGCUUUGACACAAAUUUUGUAGAGUUCUUAUAUCUCUGCGUUUCUUCUGUCUCUUUUAAGGUUCUUCAUCAAGGGAUGCUUACGGAUGCUAUUUUGCCGGGAAGGGGAUUGCGGCAAGGAGAUCCCCUCUCACCUUAUCUUUUUAUCCUUUGUAUGGAAGGUUUGUCUCGGUUAAUUCACAACAGAGUUGCUAUUGGUCGUCUGAAUGGUGUAGCUGUUUGUGGAGGGGCCCCGGUUGUAUCACACUUAUUUUUGCAGGUCUGUGAACAAGAUAAUCUGGGCUCUUAUUUGGGUCUUCCCAUAGCAAUUGGUCGAAAUAAACAGGAAGUCUUCCAAUUUGUGAAAGACAAAUUCUGGAGGCGCAUCAACUCUUGGAAGAACAAAGCCUUGUCUAGAGCUGGCAAGGAAAUUCUUGUAAAGACGGUCUUACAAUCUCUGCCAAACUAUGUCAUGAACCUUUUCCUUCUCCCAAAAGGUAUAUGUGAUGAUUUGCAACAAAUUAUGGCAAGAUUUUGGUGGGGGACAAAGGUUGAUGGAAGUAGAAGUUUACAUUGGUUGGGUUGGGAUCGCCUUGCUUGCCAUAAACAUUUUGGCGGUUUAAGUUUCAAGAAGAUCAGACAAUUUAAUAUCGCUAUGCUUGGUAGGAUGGGUUGGCACUUGUAUAUGAACUCUAAUUCUUUGGCUAGCCGAAUACUUAAAGCUAAAUAUUAUCCUAAUGUUUCUUUCUUAGAGGCUCCUAUUGGGAAUAAUCCCAGCUAUGUUUGGAGAAGCAUUAGAGAAUCUCAAAGUUUAAUUCGUGAUGGUCUUCUAUGGCGUGUUGGGGAUGGCAAUGAUAUUGCUAUCUGGCUAGAUAGUUGGCUGCCAGAUGUUGCCUUCCCUAUGGUUACUACAACCUUUGACUUUAAUUUUGGGGUCUAUAUGGUUUCGGAUUUGAUCACUGAUGGUGCUUGGAACAUUGAUUUGGUGAAUCGUGUGUUUAAUGAAAGGGAUCGAAAACUUAUUCUGUCAAUCCCUUUAAGAAGGAGCUCUAGCAUUGACUUGCAAUUUUGGAAACAUGAUAAGAGAGGCAGUUAUUCAGUUAGCAGUGCUUACAAGUUACAGACUCAGGAAUCUGACACAGCUGUUGGCAAUAAAAAAUUCUGGAAGAAGCUUUGGUCUAUCCCAGCGGCACCAAAAAUCAGAAACUUUCUUUGGCGUGCUGUAUCUGGUUCUCUACCGACCAGAUCAAGACUUUGUUCUCGGCAUGUUCCGACCACAGAGGUUUGUCCAUUAUGUAAUGUUGAUUGUGAAUCUGUAAAGCAUGUUUUAGUUGAAUGCUCCUUUGCAAGGCAUGUUUGGCUUGCCUCUCAUCUUGGUUGGUUUUCUCCUUCAACCCAUUCCUUUCAAGACUGGUUAAUGCGAGCUUUAGCUCUCUUCAAUCCAAAUGACUCUGCAACUUUGGCGUACCUAUGUUGGUCUAUAUGGGAGGAACGCAAUUCAGUGGUUUGGAAAUCUGCUCAGCCUGCUGCUAACUCCUGCAGAUUGAGAGGCCUUCGUCUCAAACGAGAAUGGGACGAUGCUCUGGUUAGUAUACGGGCUGCUAUUCCACCGACUGCAGAUUUGCCUACACCACAGGAAUGGAAAAAGCCAGGCCCUAACUGGGUGAAGCUCAAUGUUGAUAUCGCUACCAAUGUCAAUUCUGGAUGGACAGGAAUCGGAAUGGUGGUACGUAAUGAAAUGGGCAGUUUUGUGGCUUGUAAGAUUUCGCGCAUGGUAGGAUUAUUCUCACCUACAAUUGCUGAAAUUAUGGGAGUACGAGAAGCUUUGAGCUGGAUAAAGGACAACAAUUGGCAAAACGUUAUUGUGGAAUCUGAUAAUUUGCAGGUUGUUAAUGUUCUCAAUUCCAUGAAUGUGGAAAAUUUCUCUAUGAUGGGUGGUAUUGUUUCUGAUUGUAGAUCUCUUAUUAAUGAGAUUAGUUGUGAGAUUCUGUUUUCUCAUGUUUUCCGUUCGGCGAACGGGGUGGCUCAUGCCCUUGCUCAAGCUACUCGUUCCUUUCCGAAUGCUAUGGAGUGGACUCUUUCUCCUCCUGAAUUUGUAUCUCUUCUUUUGCUUUAA